AAUGUCAGUGAAUGUGUUCAGUUCGUUGUUCUCUUGGGGGAAGAAAUUGCAUUCUCAUUUGGAUUUCUGCCUGGCUUUGGCACAAGUAAUUAGUGGCUUUCCUUCAUUAAUCACCUCCUCGUGCGCUUCACGUGCGGCUGCGGUGCAGAAGAUCGGCAGAAGGCAGCAUUUCAGGAGACGCUCUUUGUGUCCUACUUUUAAUUGCGGACUCUUCUAGUGGCCGUCGCAUGCUAUAACACUUCUCGCCACUUGUGUGUGUGCACUCGUUGGCAUAAUUUCGAGUUCCUAGAGUUUCUCCCUCUUGCUCGAGAAACCAGCCGCGCGCUUGAAUCUUUGGACAUUUUUGCCCAAGUUCAGCAAUAUUGCACAUCAGUUCUCAGACGAAGAGUGCCGUGUCAGCACUUCGUGAGUGCACAUUGCGACAUUUUGCCAAUUCCCAGGGCAACAAUAGGGAUUCCCAUGCCACUUGAAUGAUUUCGGAGUGCCGCAUUUUCUCCUUGGGAAAACUCACCAUCACAUGAAUGGAAAAUCAUGCUGGACAGAACACUCAAUACGAUUUUCUUUGAGUCCCUCUCGCACACAAACACUCUCCUCAACGGACUCAAUGAGCUGAGACUCAAUGGACACCUUAUUGAUAUUACGCUGACGGCCAAUGGACGCUCUUUCCGUGCCCAUCGAGCCGUCCUGGCGUCCUGCAGCGAAUACUUCCGGGCGAUGUUCACGGACGCCAUGAAGGAAUCGCAGCAGCACGAGAUCAGCCUGAACGGCGUCACGGCGGCCGGCAUAGAAUUGCUCCUCGAGUACGCGUACACUUCCAAGCUGGAGCUGAAUCUGGCCAAUGUGCAGGACGUCCUGUCGGCCGCCAGUCACAUUCAGCUGGACGCCGUGGUCGAGGCGUGCUCGAAUUACCUCCAAUCGCAGCUCGACGUGGACAAUUGCGUGGACAUCGUGAGCAUUGCUGAGAUGUAUUCGCUCGACAAGUUGCGGCAGCGCGUCUAUCGAUACAUUUGCGCGCAUCUCAGUGAAUUCGUGAAGACGCACGAGAUUUGCGUGCUGGCGCGCCACCAGCUCGAGCACAUCCUGGCGUGCGACUAUCCUGUGGACUGUUCGGAAGUCGUGGUGCUAAACAUUGUGCUGCAGUGGAUCACAAAGUCCGAGAAGACGCUGCACGACGUCCGCACGUGCAGUCGCUUACUGGGACUCGUGCGUCUGGCCGAGGUGUCGCCGAGUGAUGUGGAGAGGACUCUUCAGGCUGUGGGAGUGUCGUCGAAUUGCGCCUUGUUUGGCCUCACCAAGAGCCUGGCACAGUCGCAGAAGCGCCUCGUGGUGCCGGUCAGCAGUCAGGAGAAUGCGCUGGUGAACUCGCGCGGCAUGGAGUUGGCGCUGGUGAAGGUGGGUGGAUUCGGCCUGGAGGGCAUCACCAACGACAUCACCUACUAUCUGCCCAGCGUAAAGAAGUGGCGACACCUCACGUCCAUUCCACACGUGGAGCAGUGCAACUACGGCAUUGCCACGCUGAGAAACGAAUUGUACGUCGUCGGCGGAUGCUACAAUGUGUGCCUGAAAGAGUAUAUCCAUCCCUUUGGCUUUCGCUUCAGCCCGAUGUCCAACAGCUGGACGACGAUCGCACCGAUGCAACAGGAUCGGUGCCGCUUCUCGCUGAACUUCGUCGGAGAGUUCCUGUAUGCCGUGGGCGGCGCAAGUGAGGUAGACGAGAUCGAGGAUCUGGAUCUGGACGUGGGCGAUGUGAUCGAGCAGCAGGGCUCCACUGCGGAGUGCUACGAUCCCAGCACGGACAAGUGGACCUACAUUCCCAGCAUGCCGGGAAAUCGCACACAGCACGCGGGCGCCGCGCAGGAUCACUUCCUGUAUGUGUCGGGUGGGCUGGACAGGCACCGCGUGUUGUCGUCUUUCUAUCGCUACAACACGAAGAUGCAGGUGUGGGAGCAGCUGCCACCCAUGCUCACGCCGCGCGCCGACCACAUGAUGGUGUCCAUCAAUGAGCGCAUGUACGUGUGCGGCGGCUGGACGGAGCGCUCCAUGGCGGACUCGCGGACGCUCAUCGACACAAUUGAUGUGUACAAUAGGGACUCAUGUACCUGGGAGGUUGUGACGCACAUCCCCACGCCGCGCUUCCACGCCGGCAUUGUAGCCGUGAACACGAAGAUCUACAUCAUCGGCGGCUUCUAUUCCGACUCGAUGUUCGACCUCACGCGCUCCGUGAUCGAGUGCUACGACGUGGAGAGCAACCAGUGGACGAGCGUGGAGCGCUAUCCACAGAACAUCUGGGAAUGCAACUGCAUCGGGCUGUACAUACCCAAGUGCCGGGACGACAUGGAGGUGAUCGUCGACGACUGCUGAUGCGGGUGGGAUCCGGAGGACACUAGUCAGGAUCUCGCCCGUGCCAUUCCCCACUGCCUCUCCGUCUGCCGCGCCAAACACACAGCGCGGGCAGCGUCUUCAUCCUGGUGCACUCACCGGCUCUUCCUCACCCCGUUUUGUGAUGACUCCUCACUGUCUUGUCUUAUUUAUUUGAUUUUCUACACUGUGAGCAAAUAUACUCCAUGAUUUGAUUGAAAUUCAAGACCUUCGAGAGAAUUAAUCCUCCCAAUUUGCUGCGUGAUCCGAGUGACUAUAAUCGUAUCAAUGAAUUCUUGUGGUAAGAAUUGGUUCGAUGUGCAAUCGCG